UUUAGCCUGGGCCUACCUGUUCAUAAUCUCUUAUCGUAGCCUAAACAUAGUGAAGAGAUGGAGAAUACAAACCUCUUUACCGAAUCUUUCCAGCUCAUCCAAUAUUUUUAAGUAUGGCACAACCAGGCUUAACAUGGCAAGAGAUCUUGGACAUCAAACUUUUGCAGGAGAGAGUUUGGCUAGAGGAGAGAAUGGAACAGGUACGCUGCCUCAUAGCUAAAGAGGUGGAAUGGAGGAUGAUGACUUUUCAUGAGCAGUGGAAACCAGAGGAGAAGAAGAAGAUGGUAGCAAGAAAUGAUGACAAGAAAAUGGAGAAAUGGAUAGACAUGGCAAUAUCAAGAUUUGCUGAAAUUGAGAAAAGAAAAUGGGAGGAGAGGAGGAUCAGAGAGGAAGAAAGACAAAUAGAGGAGGGGUGGAAAAAGAUCGAAGCAGAGAGAAGCAAAGUGAAAGACAAAACAUGGAAGAAAAAAAUAAAAGAAAGAGAAGAAAACCAGAUAGAGAAUGAAGAGAUGGAGAGGGAGCAGGAUGCAAUAAGAAAUAAGGCUCUUGGAGAGGAAAGGGAAAGCAUAGAAAAAGAGAGAAUGAAACUGACAGAGGAGAAGAGGCAGGUAGAAGAAAUCAAGGCUCAAAUUGACCAAGCUAGACUGGAACUAGAAGCACUAAAACUGGCUGAGGCUGAACAAAGAGAGAGAGAAUAUGUGAACAGAAAGAAAGAGCUUGAGGAUGAGAAAAGAAAGACUGAUGCGGAAAGAGAGAGAGUGAGGGAAGAUAUUGAAAAAGGCCUGAAAGAGUUUGAGGCUCAGAGAGAGAAACUUGAAGAAAAGGAGUUGAGGCUCAGGGAGAAGGUGGCAAAGAAAAAAGAGAUGCUUCUCGUGAGAAAGAAGGAGUCGGAGGCUGAGUGCCAAAAACUUGAAACAAAGAGAAAGACAGUGGAACAGGAAGUGAAGCUGAUGCAGAGGAAAGUGUUUCACCUGAAAGCACAGCUGCUGAAUGAAGAGAAAAGAAUGGAGAUGCAGAGAAAAGAAGACAGAAUGAGCAAGUCAAGGCUUGAGCAGGAGUGGAAGAUGCUUGAGUUGGAGAAAAAGAGAUGGGGGGAGCAAAUAGAGGUGGAGAAAAAGAGACUAGAGGAAACCAUGGAGAUGGAGAAAAAGAAACUGGAGAUGGAGAGGAAAGAAGUGGAGGCUCAAAGACUGCACCUGAUAGAGAGGGAGAGAAAGCUGAGGGAGAAGGUGACAAUGAAGAGAGAAAACACUGCUUCAAAGAUGAAAGAGGUUGAGGAAGAAUGGAAAAAGAUUGAGGCAGAGCGAAAAGCCAUGAUCGACAGCAUAGAAACUCAGAGGAUGGCAUCAAGAAGGAAGCAGAUCGAGGAUGAGUGGAAAAAAAUAGAAAGUGACAGGAAGACAAUGGAGGAACGAAUACAGAGUGAAACAAAAAAAGUGGAGAAUCAGAGACAGAGACUGAUGAAGAUCGAGAAAGAGCAUUGGGAGGAACUGGACAAGCAAGAGGAGCAACUUCUGGACAAGUUAGACGCUGAAAAAAGAAAACUUGAGAGAAGGAGGAAAUGGCUUGAGAGAGAGCGAAGAGAACUGGAUGAGAAGAUAGAGGUUGAGCAAAGGGAGGUGGAGAUUCAGAAAGAAAAGCUGCAGGAAAAAGAGAGGAGACUGCGGCACAAAGAUGCCAUAAGACGAGAAAAGGAAGCCCUGAGAGAGAUUAAGAUGGAGGAGGAGUUGAAUGAGAUGAAAAGGAUAAUGGUGGAGAAAUGUGAAACUGAGAAAAAAACCUGCCCAAAGAAAGCUGUCAUUGUGGAACAUAUAAAAAAUAAUAAUAAUAAUUUGGAUUAUAGUCAGAAAUUACCACAGGAUAUUCCAAACAAAUGCAAAACCUCCUCAAAGAACCCAAAGGCUGAGACUAAGGUCACUGAUGAGAAGAAAAACGACAAUGAUGAAGAUUCUCCCUGGGACAGUGACGAGGGGGAAUUAUUCCCACAACCCAAAAAGCCAACGUGUAACAUCUCCUUCAAGCAUCUUAUUGCACAACGUCUGAAAGAGGACAAAAAAGAGCCAAAGCUUGAUGCCUGUAUUGGAGAACUGGAGACAAGAAUCGCACCCAAAGCACAAGUUGGGGGGAGAGUGACUGCAAAGGACACCGAUGAUUCUCCAUGGGACAGCGAUGAGGGUGAGUUAGGACACACCCAUCUGAAGGAGACCACACUAAAGAAAAACACACCAGGGAAGAACGAGGUUAUCGUCAAGGACAAUACUAUCAAACAUGAUGAAAGUCUCCAGGCAAAGAACGGGCGCGGCAUAGAAGGUGAAAGGAAGGGAGAUGUAGAGGAACAGGAUGGUGAUGAUUCUCCCUGGGACAGCGAUGAGGAUGACUGCAAGGUCGCCACAGACAAGGAAGUGGCUAAAUUGAUCCAAAAAAAUGAGGAAAAGGAAAAGAUGCAAAACAAGGGUCAUGGCAUAAAUAACAAAGACAACACACAAAUGACGAGAGGAAAUGUGAGCAACAUGCCAACUGAUGUGAAAGUGACAGCAAAGAAAAAUGUUCAACCUUUGGGUGUGGACGACGUGUUUGAGCUAAAGGCAAAAUCUCCAAAGAAUAGUCCAAAAAUAUCAACAAAGCCUCCAAAGAAAGAAACUGAUGAUCAGUUGUGUGACCAGGAGCUUGAGGUUCUGAUGAGGGAGUUUGAGAUUGACAGUAAUGCACAGAAAAGAGAAAUGCAUGUCUCGGCUCCAAAGGCAAUGGUUGGAAAACCAUUAGAGACAUCCAAAGCAAAUUUGUCAGCUCCAAAAGUGAUGGGUGGAAACUCAUUAGAAUCACCCAAAGCCAAUCUGCCAUCUCCUAAAGGGAUGACUGGAAAGCAGGCGGAAGCAUCCAAAGCAGAUCUGCCAUCUCUAAAAGCGACAGUUGGGAAACCUUUGGCGCCAGUGAAAGUAAAUGCUGGUAAAGUGUCUGAAUUCUCACAACCUCCCAAAAGCCAACUAGAGACUGCAAAAGCAAAUAUGUCAUCUCCAAAUGUGAAGAAUGGAAAACAGCUGGUGCCACCAAUAGAGGAGGGGAAGAAGAAUGAGGAUGAGGAUGACCUCGACUAUGAUGAGAUGUGGAGGGAGAUCGAGGAGACAGAGAAAAGAAUGAAGCAAAAUAAGAACACAAAAUAGUGAUACAGCAAUCAUGGUCAUAGUGGCCAUGGCCACUUGUUCUGUCUUUUCAUAUGACAACUUUUUUAUCACAACCAUGUUACCUCCUGUCACUAAUACAUUUAAACUGCUUCCAUACACAACACCUUUCUCAGACACUGGUUGUUGUGGGACAGUGCUUGUUCCUGGUCUAUUGCACACCAUCACUUUUCACUGCUGCACCACCUGCAAUGUGAACAUCAUUUACAACAUUUUAAGUUACAUUA